AUGUAUCGUCGCAAGAAGGCUCAUAAACGUGGAAUUACAUAUUCGCUCAUGCUGGUGGGUGAUUCGGGCACUGGAAAAACAACGUUCGCUAAUAACCUGCUAGAAAUGGGUAUAUUUCCACAUCAGUAUGAUAUUGACGCGCCCCAGCUGGCAGAAAACAGCCGGGUGAAGGUAGUCAAGCCAACGAUGGUGAUCUCUUACAAUUCAAAAAAUGGUAUUCCUUCGCAUAUGGCGCAAUUUGAUGCUUCACGCGAACAUUUCGAGCCUGGCGUUACAAUCACAUCGACCUCCAUGGAGAUUUCUACCGGCCAGGAAGCUUUGCCAUCGCGUUCGUCGGUUUCAAGUGAUAGCUCCUCGACGACUCAAAGCAAUGGUCUCAACACGGACAAAAUUGCAUUUUCCUUGAUAAAGACACACGGUUUGGGUGAAAACAUUGACAACACUUUGUGUUUUGACGAAAUCACGGCUUUUUUGGAGCAGCAAUUCGAUCAGGUAUUGGCCGAAGAAACACGUAUAAAACGUAAUCCCAGAUUCGAAGAUACUAGAGUUCACGUUGCGCUCUACUUCAUUCCGCCAACAGGACACGGUUUGAGAGAAAUGGAUGUGGAAAUGAUGAAAAGGCUCUCUCGCUUCACAAAUGUGCUUCCUAUCGUUUCUCGUGCAGAUUCAUUCACUAAGGAUGAACUUAUCAAAUUCAAAAAACAAAUCAUGGACGACAUUGAGCGUUUCAAUGUCCCGGUUUACAAAUUCGAAGUUGACCCUGAAGAAGACGAUUUGGAAACAGUGGAGGAAAACCAAGCUUUAGCAAUGCUUCAACCUUUCGCCGUGAUGUGUUCGGAUGAAAGAAAUUCUAAUGGCCAUUUUGUAAGACAUUAUCCAUGGGGUGAAGUCAAAGUCGAUGACGACAGUUUUUCUGAUUUGCGAAUUCUAAAAAAUGUCCUGUUCGGUUCCCACUUCCAGGAAUUCAAGGACACAACUCAGAAUUUCCUAUAUGAAAACUAUAGAGCCGAAAAAUUGUCAUCGGUCUCCGAUUGGGAUAUGGACAAAAUAGGCGACGGUGCGACUAAUAAAAGAAACUCCGCCGCGCCAAGUCUCUCCAAUUUUGCUUCUUUGAUAACAACAGGCCAGUUCAAAUCUUCGAACUCUUUGGCUAUGCCUCCACGUUCGGAUACGCCUACAACUCCAAAUUCAAAAGAUACAAAUCAAGGCUUUGAAGUCGAAUCUCCUGCUCUAAGACAGGAAUCUCAAAGUAUAAGGCGUGGUAAUGAAGAGAUUAUCAGCAAUAUCAAAAGCUCUCCGAGAUCCUCUGCUCCAGGGUCUCCUGAUAAGAGCAAACUAAGAAACAUAUCAGAAACCGUUCCUUACGUUUUGAAGCACGAGCGUAUUAUUGCUAAGCAACAAAAGUUGGAAGAGCUAGAGGCGCAAUCUGCGAGAGAACUUCAGAAGCGCAUCCACGACCUAGAAAAGAGAGCCGCGGAUCUGAAAUUGAGGGAGAGACUUCUUCGUCAGCAGCAUUUGAAUAGCUCGAAUGCUUCUAUAGCUUCAAGAAGCUCUUCUACAGCACAGGUGGCUCCAGUACAGUCAACGCUGAAAAAAGAAGAAAGUGUCACUGACCUGGCAUCUAUUGUCAGCGGCAGAGCUUGA